AUAACGAUUUUCGUACAAUUUUACAGCCUACAACAUCUUAUUUUACUCUUUCAAGCAACAAGGAAAUGACCCCCCUGGAGGCUCUCCAGACGGCCGAUUUUUAUCUUCUAUGGGCGUCCGUCUGCUGCGUUCUCGUCCCUCAAACAAUGCUGUCAUCUCUCAGCAAAUUCUUCGGACUGGAAUAUAUUCGUGACGAUAGCUUUCUGGCUGGCAUUACAAUGGCUUCUUCCGUAUGUAAUGCAGUUGGACGAGUCAUAUGGGGAUUGUUGGGAGAUUAUCUGUCUUUCAAGGUACCACUGUGUUGCCUACUUCUUGUCUGGACUAUCUUGCUGGUUACGUUUCCACACCUGUCUGGAUUCGAGGGGUCUCUGUUGAAGGGUUUAUAUGCGCUUUGGGUCUGUUUAAUGUUCUUCUGCCUAAGCGGAGUGUUCGUCUUCACACCGCUUGCCAGCAACGCCCUUUAUGGAUCGCGGAACAUGACCAUCAAUUUCGGCCUUAUAUAUAGCGCAU